AUGGCAGCUACUGUUAUAGAGCCAUUGAAUCCCAUAAUCCCCAUGACCUUCAAACCAAUGAGAGUCUGCUUUUCAUAUGCAGCAUAUGCCAAGAAUUUAAUAAACCAUUUGAAUUCAUCGAAUAUUCCGGUGGAAAAAGGGCUUUCCGAGCCCGAAUUCUCCGCUUUAGAGUCGUCUUUCAAUUUCACUUUCCCACCGGACCUCCGGUCCAUCCUUCAAGAGGGCCUUCCGAUUGGGCAGGGCUUCCCGCAUUGGCGAUCGUCGUCUAAACAACAGCUUGAAAUCCAAAUAGACCUACCCAUUAUUGAGAUUUGUAAACAGGUUACAAGGAACAAUCUUUGGCUCGAAUCUUGGGGAGAUAGACCGAGUGAUAAUGAUCGGGCUGUGAAUUUGGCUCGAGGGUUCUUAAAAGAAGCGCCGAUUCUUGUUCCUAUAUACGGGAAAUUUUACAUUUCCUCUGCGCCAUGCAUGGCCGGGAACCCGGUUUUUUACGUUCAUGGCGGCGAGGUGAAGCUGUGGAGUUUUGAUAUUGCUGGGUUUUUCCGGCGAGUUGAAUUCAGAAUAGAGAAUGAGGAGUAUUUGAGGCUGGAUGCGCCGCCGUGGGCGGCAACGGAGGCGCGGAGAAUUGAGUUUUGGACAGACAUGACGGAGGCGCGUGGGAUCACACGUGGGUGGUGGAGUGGGGACUUGGGUGGAUGUUUAGAGGAGGUAUUUCGGAGAUUGAGGGAUGGAGGGUGGAAAGAAGAGGAUGUAAGGGAGAUGAUGAUGAUGAACGGCUGUGAUGAAUUUGAUAACGAAGACGAUGAUAAUAGUACUAACACUGAUGAAUCAUUCAGUAAGGAGUGCGUGGGGUGGCGCGUAAGGUUAUUGUCGAAGAGAUUAUUGAGUGCGGGGUGGAGCAGGGAGGAUGUGGUGGACUCGCUUGGAAUUCCAGAUGAUUUUCAGAAUGGCGUUCUUGAUGGAGAUUCAUGGUUCGAUUUUCAUCAUUCUAGAAGUGGAUAA